AUGAAUAUUAAAACUUUGUGUCAUCAAGAAUACAAAAAAAUCUCGAUCGAAUCAUUGCUGAACCCAGUCGGAGAGGGAUUAGCUGUUGGAAAGCUUCACCCACAUUCAAAAUCCUGUACUAAAUCCAUCGGUGGGUCCCUAUAUACCAAUACAAGUAAUGGGACUUUUGCCCAACAGAAUGCCCAAAAGAGAAGGGGAAUCACCAGGAGAUGUCCCCAGUGUGCUGUAGUAAAGACUUCUCCACAAUGGAGGGAGGGUCCGGAUGGAGAAGUGACGUUAUGUAAUGCCUGUGGUUUGUUUUAUAGAAAAAUAUUCUUGGUUUUUGGCAAGAAUCUGGCGAAACGGUACUUUGAUGAAAUAAAAGGUGUAGGUGUAAAACGAAAAGUUCCGAAGAGCCUCUAUGGUGUUACGAGAACACGUUAA